AUGGGCGGCGAGCAUUGGUUCCUCGGCGGCUAUUACAACAAUCAACUCAUCGCGAAACUCGACCUUGACGAGUGCAGCAUAUACCGUCAGCAACAGCAACUGUCGAUCCCCCAUACUGAUGGAUUUUCCGGAUCCUGCGCUGUCUACAACGAUGCCGCUCAUUUGUGCUUCGAUGAUCGGUACAAAGCAGUUGGCCCGAAGAAAUGUCAAACUUUCGAUGGAGAGAAUGAAUCUGUUCUUCCAGUCGAGUCGAAUGCCGGACAUGUUUCUGCCGCGAUGGCGAUUUAUCAGGAGAAAAUGUGGGUUGUUGGAGGAUGCGAAAGCGAGGACCUCUCGACUUGUCACAAUUCAGUGGAGUUUUUCGAUGGAAAUGCUUGGACUCAAAGUGCUCGGUUUCCAGAAGCUAUGAUUCUUGCACACAUUGUUUUGGCAGAUGAAAACGGUUUGUAUACAAUUGCUGGUUGGCAUGUUUCUCAGCGAGAUGUUUAUAUGUUCAAAAAUACGGAGUGGAAAUUUCUCGGAAAGAUGUCAGAGUCAACUGCAAAUUCGAAAUACUUUACUUCUGGUAUCAUCGCACCGGGGAGCUUCGCAUAUGCAGGAGAAAACUCGAUCGAGAAAAUUUAUUUGAAUGAAGAAAAUUUUUCAUCAACUGACAUUGGAAAACCAGAGGAUGGAAACGACAUGCAGCUGGAAUAUGCAACGAUGAUUCUUGUGCAUGGCCCUGUUUGUUCAUCUUAA